GGGACGAGCAGCCUCCGAGGGAGGGUUGCUGGCGGCCGCGGGUAGCGGCGCAUCCCGGCGGGCAGGGGCGAGUGGACGGCAGCGGCCCCAUGUCCUGCCACGGCGCAGCCCAGCGGGGGCUCCAGCGGCGGCCGAGUGGCGCCGGGGGCCGCCGCGCUGCCGGGCCAGCAGUGCCCGAGCCAGGCUGUGCCCCAGUUUGUGUCCAAUCAGAGAGUGAAGUGCGUGCACCGAGCGGGGCGGCAAUGCGUAAACAAGCCCCGGGUAACUCCUCCGCCCCCCGCUCUCCCUUCCGCGCCGCUCCCGCCCGCUCCCCGCGCCGCCCCGCAGCCUCCCCCGCCGCCCGCCAACAACUCCGGCGAGGCGCGCGCUCCCGCCGCCCAACCGCCCUCCCCGCCCCCCGCCCGCCCAGCCGGCGCCGCCCGCGCUGCCACACGCACCCCACUCCCGCACACGCCCGCGGGUGCCCGUGGCCUCUCGAGGGGGAAGCACAAAGAACUGAUUGAAACUCCAGGUAGAAGAUAAAUUUCAGAAUAAGAAGAAACUUGUGUACACUGAAAAGAAAUCACACAAGGAUUGUGGAGAAGAAUCUGAAGUACAAGUUCUGGUAGGAAAAUGACUUGCCUGGUGCUGGAAUUAUGAGCCAUGUCCCUGUGAGACCUCCAGAAUUAAGAGCAAAUGCCUGGAGAAGUCCAGCUGCACAGAGCAGUGCCGCAGCUCUUGUGAACCACGGGCAUCAACACCUCUCAAACUUGCUCCUCUGGCCCCAAGCACUCUGCCAGCAUUUCCUGCCCCACGAAUGGCUACUCAGAGGAAGCACUUGGUAAAAGAUUUCAAUCCUCAUAUCACCUGCUAUAUCUGUAAAGGCUACCUGAUCAAGCCAACUACAGUAACUGAAUGCCUCCAUACCUUUUGUAAGACUUGUAUUGUUCAACACUUUGAAGACAGCAAUGACUGUCCCAGGUGUGGCAACCAGGUGCAUGAGACCAAUCCACUAGAAAUGUUAAGGCUUGAUAACACCUUAGAGGAAAUUAUAUUUAAGCUGGUUCCUGGACUUCGAGAACAGGAACUGCAGCGAGAGAUUGAAUUUUGGAAGAAAAACAAACCUCAAGAAAAUGGACAAGAUGAAAGCCCAAAAGCUGAUAAACCCAAAGUAGAUGAGGAGUGUGAUGAAAAUGAAGACGACAAAGACUAUCACAGGAGUGACCCACAGAUUGCUAUCUGCCUCGACUGUUUACGCAAUAAUGGGCAGUCAGGAGACAAUGUAGUCAAAGGUUUAAUGAAGAAAUUUAUCCGCUGUUCUACUCGAGUGACCGUGGGAACUAUCAAAAAGUUUCUCAGCUUAAAAUUAAAACUUCCAAGUUCUUAUGAGCUGGAUGUACUAUGCAAUGGAGAAAUCAUGGGGAAGGAUCAUACUAUGGAAUUCAUCUAUAUGACAAGAUGGAGACUAAGAGGCGAAAACUUUCGGUGUCAGAACUGCUCAUCUUCGCAAGUCUGCUCACAGGAUGGCACUUUUUAUCAGUCUUACCCUAUGGUACUUCAGUAUCGACCUAGAAUUGACUUCGGUUAGACCAAAGGGCCAGCUCCCACUGCGAUGAAUCCUGCACUAUUUGUUUACCCAUCGACAGAUUGCACAAUGAAUGGAUGUGCCUGGAUUAGGGGGACACAACCAGAUUUUCAGCAUGCAAAUAAGGACAUUGUCUUUCUUAAAACUGUCAGUUGCAUCUCUGUUGUUUCUAUUAGAGCAAGCCAAGUGCCAUUCUGCUACUGAAAUGUGCAUAAGAUAUUUGUGUAUCUUACGAGUGUGCUGCAAAUCAUAGCCAAAAUCAUGAAGUGUACAGUCAAAAUUCAAAAACUAUGGAAUUUUUUUGCUUGCGUGUUAGAAAAUUUUCCUGGUCCUAAUAUUGAUUACACUAGCAAAAUGGCAGAGUGCUCAUUCCAUGUGGUGUUGCAGAUUCACACACUAUUUUACCGAAUAUUGUUGUUUAAAUCAUAGAGUACUGUACAAAUAACUAGGAUUAUACCUUGAAAAUAUUUUGUAUAGAAAAUACAUUUAGAAAAGUGGUCAUUGGGCCACUACCUUUUUCUGAUAAGCUUCUCAUGGGUCCAGGUAUAGCUCACUCAUGAGUGUGCAACAGUCCUUUUGCAGUGAAUGAAGAUUACUUACCCUUAACAAGAGAUGUAGAAUAUGGUCAUUCAAAGCAGCGAUUUUAAAUCUUCUAAAUAGAUUCUGCUAAUAUUGCUUACAAGCAUCGCAGCCUUUGUGAUUGCACUUUUCUAUGGUUUCCCUGAAGAUGGGAAUUUGGGGUACUAGCUAUUGUUGGAAAACAGCUUCUGGUCAGAUUACAUUUCUUCUAAUAAAGUCUUCAUAAUAAUGAAGUUUAAAAUAAUGUAAAUGGAACAAAUAAAUUUCACUAUAAGUUUACAAACAAGGCAAAAUUUUACAUAAUUGUUGCCUUUCAAUUAAAAAAUGCACAAAAAACAUUUCCUUUUAAGGUUGAUUGGAGGUGUAAAAUAUGCUAAGACAAAAACAAUAUAUAUCUUUAAUUAGAUUAUAUAUCUCUUGUGACUAUCUGGAGUUUAGAAUCCAUUAUAGGAAUUUUCAUUAAUUAAAGUCACAUAAUAAAAGUAUUUCCAUGAAAUUAUAGGUAAUGCAAUACUGAAGAUAAGCAGUCUGACCAAAAUAAUGGUUCAGGUCCUUUUCCCUAAGACCUGGUAGUGCUGGACUAAAAGUGAUUGUUGCCUUAGGUAUUGCAGGUGUAAUGGUUCUAGUAUAGAAUGUUUAUUGAGGUUUCUGGUAAUGUUGCAGGGAGUGUAGUAAUGCAUAUGUUUUCUGUAGUCUUCCAUUGUCUUUGCUCUGCUUAAAAGUCGGUUGAGUUUUUCAUUUCAGUUUUUGUGAGGAUAGUUAUAGUUCAGUACCUUUAUGUAAUUUCUACUUAAUACAUGCUUAGUAUUGUAGAUAACUAUUUACUUUCUUACGCCUUCUGCAUACAGCAAAAAGGAACCAAAUCAACUUUUCAGAAGCUACCUAUAGAGUGAACUAAACAUAUUUAGAUAAGACAAAGUAAAAAUUCUAUCUUGGGAUCAAGUACGAAAGAUAGAUGCAAGACUCCUUUGCAAAUUUUUGUUCAUGUACAUUGGUAUGUUUCUGUAGGAGAAAUAAGCAUGUUGUGGAUUAAAUCUGGCCCCUUUAAUGUUAGUAGGAGUCGCAACAUUGAUGACUUGAGGAAUCUAAUACAGUUGGGUUGACUUCUGUAAUUGCACUCCAGAGCCCAUAUGACGUACAGAAAUAAAAGUGCUGUCAGUAGCAGUCUGUUUAGGAAACCUGCCAUUGCAGGUCAAGGUUGCACAUAUUGUGCAGAUGCCAGUGAACCUGGGGAAGAAAGCAUUCAGGAACCUGCUGCUCCUUUCUUUAGGCACAGUGUGCUGACUGGUACAGGUGCAGGUUUGCCCAUGCGGUAGAUGGGAAGGGGUGCGCAUGCUGGCUGCAGGAAGCGCUUGUCCUUUUGCCCACCCAGUUCGUGAUGUGCUACUUGACAGAAACAAGAAGACACUCCAAGUAAGGAGGGCUCUUCUCUGCAGAGACUCUAGUGAAAAAUAGUUUCUUUGUGUAUAUAUUAAUACAAGUCCUCCUCAAGGAGCAGCUUGGAAGAGCAGAGCAUGCAUUCUAAUUGCCAAUCAUUGUUCUCUUUAGUAUAUGCAGUUGUUUUGUAUGGUAGAAUUAGGAUAUGAAUUGUAAAUACUUAGAUGCACAUACAAAUGACACCUUACAGUUUUUAUACAUUUCACGUGUUUUUAUACCAGAAUUUUCACUGUAGAUUCACUUGAGAUAAAAUGCCUGUUUCAGUUUAUCACAAAACUAAUGGUAGUACUCUUAAGCAUAAUUUCUUCUUGGUUCAGGGGACAAUUUUUUUUUCUCAACGAUUGCACUUGCCAUUUUGACAAGUUUGAACUUUUUUUAAAAAGAGAAGAUUACAUUAUUUUUAAUCCAUUUUCAGUUACUUUACACAGAAGUUAGCAUCCAUCUGACAGGACCCCUGAAACAGGAGUGCUUUGUAUUUGCUUCUGAAUGACAACUAAUAGAAGCUUUGACUGUUUAAUGACUUCCUGUAUUCACAAUUCAGAGAACCAUGAAUUCUCUUGAUCGAAGUUGGACAUUGGUUUAAUUCAUGGUAUUUUCUUGAUGCAACUUGAAGCUAGAUUACAGAAGGCAAAUCUUCAUUUUAAGCAUGGGAGAUACUGACAGAUAUGAUUUAAUGUUCCCAGAGGAGAAUCAUGGCAUUAAAUGCAUAUGAUCUACCACCUACACUUCAUGCAUUUCUGAUUUGAUGGCACGGUGCCAGAGUACUGUUAUAGAUUAAUAGCUCUUGUAGCAGAGAAGUGCCAGUGAAAUACAUAUCUUAACUGGGCAGCUUGUAUAACACAGGCAUUGCCUUUUUCACAGGAAAUUUAUCUUAUGUAUGAUAUGUAUGUGCCAUGUGUCUACAGAUAUGCAUAUUUAAUUCAUUUGUGCCAAUUAAGAAUAUCUGAACAGCAUAGGAAUAUCAGAAUGCAUGUACUGAUUCCUGUGUGCCAAAGAUGGGAUUAAGUGUAAUGAGUACCUAAGCAUUCCACUAAAACUGCGCCAUAUGCCAUCCUAGAGCAGGUUAAUGUAUACAGUCUUUCUGAGCAUUUCCAUGACAAAGUGUUACCACUGCAUGGUUGUAAAGAACAGACAUAAAAAAUAAGGGUUGCUGCCACUGUUUUUCUAUGGCUUUCCCAUAUUGGCAGUACCUAGCUGCAGAGGAAUAAGACCUAAAAAAUUCCACAAUACUACCUAAUCUUGCUGUUUCUUAUUUAGCACAUUUGGUGCUUUUUUUUUUCUUCUGAAAGUGAAAAACUUGUAUCUGCUUUUAACUCUAGUGUAACUCAUUAGUGAAGAGCAUAGGCAACUUUUUGCUGAGCAUAGCUGUAUGCUGCAUUUGUCUAGUAACAAACUGUAAGCCAGAACUUACAAGCAAGAUCCUAUAAUAGCUCUAAACAAUAUGGAAUUAGAUGAUUAAUCAAGAAGUGUAUCUUCCAUCAUGCAUUACUAUACUGCUUGUAGCUAAGGGCCUAGUCACAUAAACAUAUUUUUUUAUUUGUAUGAAAUACCAAAUUAGAUUAUUACAAUAAUCUAAAUGACUCAUCACUAUAGUAGGUACUGUUCACAUGAAAGCUUCUGGAAUUUGGGUAUAUUGUGCAUACUCAGCCAGCCUGCAGUUAUUAUGCAAAAAAAAAAUUCUAAAAAGUAUUAUUUUGACUUUACUUAAAAUGUUAUAUAAAGCAAAGUGCCUGAUUAUUAAUACAGAAUACCUUUGAAGCCCAUUAUUAGCAUUUGGCAGGGUAAUAUUUGCUUCUGUAUUUUAUCCAUGGUCCUAGUAUUUUCAGCAAGGCUUUUUCAUAAACAUGCUGUAUUGAGAAGCUUUCUUUCAUAGGAAACAAGCUGAAAAUGAAAUGUGUUGUUAGAUAAUUUCAAAUUGAAAAGACCUAUCUCAGUAUGAAAAUAAUUAAUUUUAUGUUGAAAUUAUUUCAUUUUCCGCCUGAGGAACCCUUGAAUUCUGAAGCUUGGUCUUUUUUCUCCUUAGGCUCCAACAAUUUGACUUUAAUUUUCUCUUCUGCAGUUACUGAAAAUGGUUCUAGUUUAUCUGUAAGAGAAAAGAGAUUAAUCACAUUACCUUUGGAUACAAGUUAGGCUCUUGUUCUCCACUGCAGACAAAGUGAUGGUCCGGAGUUCCAUCUUAUCUCCCCCAUGUAUAAUUGUUAGACAUGACUUUGUGAGAGAAGUAAACAAUUUUUCUUUUUCUGCUGUUUUCUAAAAUAGGCCAGAGUUUAGUCCUAUAAUUGAGCCAAUCAUUGAGUUGUAUUAUUCCAUUUUUAGGUUUUUUACAUUUUCAUGUCACUGAAGAUGCCAAGAGGCAUUCACCCCCCAGAAAAAAUAUUCUUGGAAGGACUUGCACCAAAAUGAAUAGCAUCCAGCUCAGCCAGGUAGAACAUGUGGUAGAAAUACUAGAGAACAGGCAGUUGUUCAAAGCCAGGCUUAAGUCUCAAAUAGAUUGAACCCUGUUUAUAGAGGAGCUACAUAAAAUACUGGUCAGUUGCAUGAACUGAUCCAACUCAUUUUUAAUCCUGGAAAAGACCAAAAGCAGUAAAGACUUAAAUGCCUAUCCACAGCAAAUAUAUAUACCCAGAAUUGCUUAUAUCAAGAGCUUGGUCCAGUUUCUUCACUUAACCUAGAAAGGUUGAAGGCAUCUAUUUGAUUUCAUCAUGCAUGUAUCUUGCAGCAUAUUCCCCUCUUGUUUUACUUUGUGUUGUUAUUUUAUUAUUUGUCUCAGUUAAAAUGUUUGUUCAGGCACCCUCUAUCAUGUAAUUCUGGGUUCUUACACAUCCUUUGCACAUUCUCAUACCCCACCCCAAUUCAUGCCUAACAUGUAGGAACGUUGAGGAGUUACAAAGGAGAAAUUGCACAUGAGGGAUCAGCUCAUAGGUUUGGUUUAUCAGGCAGUUCUCUUGGAUUUCAGCAAAGUUUUCAGAGUUGUGCAUUUUGAACCAAUUGGAACAAGGUAAUACUUCCACAAGGUGUUCAGCUAAAGAUACUUGAUUGAAGAAGGAUUGAAGCCUACUGGGGCAUGUUCCAGGAUAAAUUCUAAGACACAGGGGCAUUGAUUCACCCUAAAGGAAAUGUGAAAAUCUUCCAACUGCUCAUUUACCACUAGUUUUAUCACAUAUGGGCAGUCUGGUCUUCAGAUCUCAGCUGACACAUCCUUUUACAGAAAUGUCCUCCAAAAGAUGAUCUUAUAAUGGUAAUACAUAUUUCUUCAUAUGCAGAUCUACCUGUUGAUGUUUUUUUUUUCUUUUUAAAACUACUGUCUACACCGUUUGUAGGUCAGAUUAAAACAUCAGAUUCCAGAAUAGGAAGUUGAUUAAUUGACGAAUUCCUGACAGAUUCUUCCAUCAAGGGUAUGUGCCAUAAAUCGUCUUUUGAAUUCAGGUAGCUUGCUACUACAGUUGAGUAAGGACGUUGUUUCAUUCUCUGGUAAGUGAUUUAGAUGCGUACAGUUCUGGAGUGUGGCAGUGCAAGGGAGGAACUCUGCAGACAGGUGGGAAGACCCAGUUCUGUGGGCUCAGGAUGGAGGAGACAUUCGGGAGUUGAAGAUGUUUACAAGUGGAAAUUUUUGUAAUUACAUUAAUUUUAACCAAAGAGAGGCAUUAGUUAGAUUCUGCAUCUUUAUCUGAGCCAUUAGGCAUACUUUUCUUUGAAGUAGCUUUUACUUAUAUUUUUAGCAAAUCCUUCUAACUAAGUUUAAUAAUGUUUAGUUGACAGGAUGAGGUGAACAGAAGUAGUUACUGUGUGUUUUCCUUUUUCCUCAUGAUAAUGAGUGGAAAGCAAAGUAAAAGUUGAGAGUAGGUUGCUAUACAUUAUACAAAAUUGCAGCAAGAGUGAAGCAUUUGUGCUGCUAGUUAACACACUGAGGUUUGUAUUACAAAUGAAGUUAUAGUAAAGAUAUUUAUUAUCAAAGUGUGAGGCACAUCCGGUAUGAUAGUAUUCUACUCCUAAAAUUCUGGUUUGUAUUAUAUUGAGUAUAGCAGACAUUGUUACUGUUGUCUCCUGAUUCUGAUGCGGUAAAAAGAAAAUUGUUCCCUUUUUACUGAAAAAUGUCACAUACUAAUUGCUUUAAAAUUACUCUUUGUUGUCAGAUAUUUAGUUUGUUCAUAAAAAAAAAAAAAAGAAGAAAAAGCACUAUUUUUAUGGAUAAUCUGAUUGCCUAAUAGUUUUAAGGGACCUUCUUAAUACCAAAGGUAAAGCCACCCAGAAACUGCCUUGGACUAAGGCAUUGACACUUUUCUGGAGUACAGUAGUCAAGAGUUACACCUGGAAUCAGUCAAGCAGAACUUAACUAGUGGUAGCUGUCUGGGUCACCAAACCAAACGGUUAGGCACACGUUGCAGUUUACCAAGCAAAACAGAAAAGGAAAAAAACCAACAGGAGUAGCAUAAAGGUUGAGUUAACAGACUUAGAGUAGCUCUUCGAGUCACAGCUCAUGUUCACGAAGAAAAGCACAAAGGCUUGUAUUGCUGAUGGGUCUGCUAUACCUGGCCUGUGAACUCAUAAAAACUUCAGUGUGCUGUCAGUCCUGUAAACCUUCCAAAGCACAAAAUAGUUACCAAGUGACUUUUGGGGUUUCUAGUUGUAGCUCAGUGAUAUUUUGAAGGGUGGAGAGGGCAGACUUGGAGGAUAAUGAGAAGAUAUUGAGUAUGUUUUACAAAUUUUUAUAGAUAUUUUUUUAGUAAAUGGCAUUGCUGUCCUUGGUGUGAGACUAUUGAUUAGCAAGAAGUGGAUUAUUUUAUUUGUGCAGUAUAAAAUAGAAAGAAUAAAGAAAUUCAAGUAUCUUGAUUUCCAGGAUAGUGAUUAACUAAACUGGAAAGUAAUAGGACAAUUUAAUUAUUUAGCUGACUGAAAUAUUUCAUUCUAAAACCUUACUGAUCAUAUUUUUUUUCUCAAGUACAAGCUUCUUAGAAUAAACAUGAAGCAAUGCAUCAUUUUUUCCCUUAUUGCAGACUUAACUAUUGAAAGGAAAAUAUUUUGUGGUUUUUAAAUUUAAUGCAAAGCCUGAAUUGUUGGAUGUUCCAGGCUACUGAAUAGAUGAUGUAGAGUUACUCUCAAUGUACUUUUUUUUUGGGAUGGGGGCCUAAGUGUCCUUAUAAAAGCUGUGAUCCAAGUUAUGAUAAGAAAGGAGCCUAUGGUGAGCAGUAAUCAUGUUCUAAUGCUUCCUUGCAUUUGACCAGUAGUUACCAGUUCUUAAUAUAACAGCCCUCACAGUACUUAGGAGCUCAUAGAACAUAUUGUGAUGUUAUGUUGCUAAUUUGUUUUAAAAUGUAAAAUGUGUUAAGCUUUUUGUCAAAAGUGAUAACAUCAUAUUACAAAUAAACCUUUUUGUGGUUGUAAAAUAUAGCUUUUAAGUCAUUCAAAUUGAAGUGAAAAAAAAAAGAACAGGUCAUUGUUAAUGACAGUCUAUCCUACUAUUAAGAAUAUAUGUAUUUUUGUAAAGGAAAAGCACUUGUAGAUAUUUAAUCAGUCCGAUAUCUAUCUAUGUUAAUGUUUUGGAAAAAAAAUAAAAAACAAAAUGCUGCUUAGAGAAUCACUUACAUAUUUUCAUUUUUUGUGCUCAAAUGCAUUUUCUGUUGAUUUAUGGAAUGUUUUUUCUGUGUGAAGCUGUAUAGUUAGUGCAGCUGGGCUAAAUGCAUUUCUUAAGUUAAUCAGUUGUAUCUGUAUGAUAAUACGUUUUCUAUGUGGUCAGAAAGCUGAUUGAAAAUCAUUAGACUGGUGGUGCUGUUUUUCAUCUUUGAUAUUAGCUUCAUCCAUAUUUCUACUUCAUAAUAAUUAUAAAAAAAUAAGAAUAUUUUGCAGUGUUUGUAUUUUAAGUGAUGGUUUAGGGUAUAUUUGGUUAUUCAGUUGUAUCUCAUUAUACCUAUAAAUAUUUUUGCAAAAUAAUGACAAAGUUUUACAUACAGUAUUUAAAAAACACUGUCCCAGAUGAAAAAGUUUGACAGAUUAGUCCAGUUUAAUAUUUGCUUUCCUCCAAAGGAAACUACUGGUGGGUACAUGCCUGGAACAUGUAUCACUCAAGUUUCUGAGCAUUUGUACAAAUAGUACUUUGAAAUUCAGAAUAACCCAUUUCUUGUAAUAUUUUUUGGCUAUUUGAAACCUCACUCAACUGUAUUUGAAUUCAACACAGUGAAUUAACACAGUUUCAGAGAAAAAAAGAAAAAACAUUAAAGCAAAUCAUUUUAUUAAAUAGAGUGGCAACCACAUUUAUUUGUAGUUAUUAUUGCACAUUCCAAAAUCUGUUAUUUCAGUGGCAUUCUACAGGCAUCUACCCUGUGGGCCUGAUGCUGAGUUAAGCUCUUCAGCCUGACCUCAGUGGAGCUACUUUGUUUAAAUACCUUUGUCACUGAGAAUUAACCCAGACUUCCCACUUCCGCACUGAAUUUCCUUUCACAGGUGGUCAAUAUUGUUUAAAUUUAAUCUUACUAUAUUACCUUUCCGUAAGUAAGUAAGUGUUACAACAUCGAGUGUGUACACUAGCAGUAGAAUUCCAGUAGUGUUAUAAACUUAGCUGAGGAAAUGCUUACAUAAUUGUCAAAUUGAGGGAGAAUUUCACUCAGAAUAUGAACAUGUGUAAUGCCACUAUCUCAUUAAUGUGCACACUUCACAAAGAUUUGUUAGUGAUCAGGUUUUGAUGUAGUUUGUUAUUUGAAUAUUGUCCAUUUUUAUAAUUUUUGUGAGGAGCUAAUUUCUGUAUUAGUUCAUUGGGGGUUAACAUGUCAAGGUCUACAAAGCAGCAUUUUAAAAACUUAAAUCCAUUUGCGCUAUGAGUGCAACACCAGCAUUGCAGUCUUAUAGCUUCUAAAGAACCAAAUAUGUUGUGUUUUGAAGUAUUUAGAAAAACACUGUAAAGUUCACCCAGUUCUACCAAAGGAAUGUUUGUUGGUUUGUUGUUUUUUUUAAUGUGUGCUAAAAUCCUUAGAAGCGGAGUGUGGCCCUGGAAAAACGAGAAACCUCUGAGUUAGCGCUAGUGAGCAAUUUUUCAAUUGGGGAGGGAAAUGCUGGUACUAGGGGUUUUCUGGCAAAACUCAUGGUCCUGCCUCUUGGUACAGGGUGAAGUGUGCCUCUUUGAAGCUCCAUCAACAUUUGUAAGCAAGAUUUAUUUUGGAACAACAGCUCAUGCAAACUCUGUAAAUUGACCUUUGAGAAUCUUGUGUAUAAAUGUAUCUGACAUGUAAUGAUCUUUCUAAUUAUGUAACUACCUGUAUAGCUCAGUACCAGUGAUGUUAAAUUGAGGGCUUCAUGCUAAUGUCAGUGAUGUCCACAGCACCUUUAUAACAGCUGAUAACAAAGGACUAUUUGGUCUGACCCGUAUGCUGCAAGAUGCCUCUAGCCCAGUUGGAUUAAUUUUAUGAAAAAUCUAGAUGAGCAAGAAGUAUAACUAAUCUGCUUACUAGCACUGAAUUGCUCCUUUCUCAAAGCAAUAAAUAUAUUCAUGUUGUAACAUCUGUUGUGCAGCCUACAAUAUGAGUUGUUUUGUUGCAUUGUUUCUAUAUAAUUUAUUUUGUGCAAUAAAAAAAUCUAUGGUUUUAUCUGA